AUGCCCAAGAGAAAAGAAGGGAAGAAUCUCGGAAGAAACUACGAAGUUAUUCGAGAAGAGGAAAAUAUGAAGAGGACUAUUGAAGAUCACCUUCAAUAUUCCAUUCUCAGCAGAGUAAUUCGUCAGCAACUAAAGAAAUACUUUGAGGCGUACCGGAUGGAGAAGCUCUUGAAGGCCGCAGAGGAAAAGAAGAGCCUCAAGAAAUGCAAGAGGGACAUGGUACUAUAUAGAUCGGAGGUGACGGCCCUGAAAAAUACAAAUGGAGUGCCGGUCAACGAGAAGAGCGAGAUGGAAAAAGUUUGUGAAGACUUCUACACCAAGCUCUUUAAGUCUACCAGAAAUGUCCAGCCGUUACCACCACUCCAACAGGAAGAAAACAUGCCCCCUAUCCUUGUCAGUGAGGUUGAAAGAGCCAUCGGCUCGAUGAAAAACGGAAAGGCUCCAGGGAAAGACGAUGUAACAUCGGAGGUGCUAAAGUCCAGAGCAGCUCUGGAAAAUCCUCGCUGA